UAGUUUUUUAUCAAGAAGACGACGACUUGGCGAAGAAAGAGACUAGAGUACUGCUAGUUUUUAUCAAGAUGAGGACUUGGCAAAGACUUGCAGGGCAUGUGCGCACACCACAUAUAACUACGUGCGUAAGAAGAACCUGACUACCAGAGUAGUGGAAUCAGUUAGAUCAUGGCGGGGUAUGGCAACUUCGAUUUUUUCAGUCCACCGCCCCCGCCGGAUUAUGACACCACCACUCCGCCGCCACCAUCAUCCGCGUCUGCUUCGGCAUCAUCAUCAUCAUCAUCAGCCGCGUCUGCUUCGGCAGCAUCAUCAUCAUCCGCGUCUACUUCGGCAUCAUCAUCCACCUCUAGCGAUACUAAAUUGGUUAUUGGGAUUGGUGUUGGGAUUGGAAUUCCAGUUUUGCUGAUUGCUGUGGCCUUUUUCGUGAUCUGGUUCAAGCGGAAGAGACGCCAUGCAUUGUCUGCUUCCUCCGAUACACUUCCCAAAAGCCAGCAAUAUUGCCAACAAAAUGCAUCUCCACCAACACGGGACACAAUUCCAUUAAUGAUGCAAAUACCAGCGUCAGUUGACAGCAGUUUUGGGCCUGCAGGCCAGCAAUAUUGGCAACAAAAUGCAUCUCGAUCAACACGCGACACAAGUCCAAUGCUGCAAAGACCAGUUUCAGUUGGCAGCGGUUUUGGCUCAAAGACUACAUUUACAUAUGAAGAAUUAUCAAAGGCAACAAAUGAUUUCUCUGCAGACAACUUUCUUGGUCAAGGCGGCUUCGGCUGUGUCUACAAAGGAGUCCUUCCAAAAGUGAAAGAGGUUGCAAUCAAGAAGCUCAAAUUUGGAAGUCAACAGGGGGACCGUGAGUUUCGGGCUGAGAUUGAGACAAUUAGUCGUCUUCACCACAAGCAUCUAGUUUUUCUGGCGGGCUACUGCAUUUCUGGGACUCACAGAUUGUUGGUCUAUCAGUUUGUUCCAAACAAAACACUGAAGUUCCACUUACACGAAAAGGACAGCCCUCCUUUAAAAUGGGAAAUGAGGAUGAAAAUUGCUUUAGGCUCUGCAAAGGGAUUGACAUAUUUGCACGAGGACUGUGAUCCCAAAAUCAUACAUCGUGACAUCAAGUCUGCAAAUAUUCUUCUUGAUUACAGUUUUGAGGCAAAGGUAGCAGAUUUUGGUCUUGCUAGGUUCAAUUCUGAUACUCAAACUCACCUCUCCAUUGCUGCAGCGGGAACUAAAGGUUAUAUAGCUCCAGAGUGUUCUAAUGGGAAAAUUACUGAGAAGUCAGAUGUCUACUCCUUUGGGGUUGUGCUUCUAGAGUUGAUCACCGGCCGUCAGCCUACUGGUGAAGAAGCUCAAUAUAUAGUCGACUGGGCGAAACCGUUGCUCACAAAAGCUUUGGAAGACAACAAUUUUGAUACUCUUGCUGAUCCAAGGUUGCAAAAGGAUUAUAACUCUGUUGAGAUGGCUCGGAUGGUUACUUGUGCUGCUACUUGUUUACGUCAUUCGGCACAGCAUCGCCCACGAAUGAGCCAGAUUGUCCGAGCUCUAGAAGUAAAUGUAUCUCUAGAUGAUCUAAGUGAAGGUAUUCGACCCGGACAUAGCAUAACCUUCAGCACUUCCCAUGAAAGUACGGAUUAUGUUAAAGCGGAGGAUUCAAAGAAAUUCAGGAAGAUGGCAUCAGGAAGCCAGGAACGUGGUGCUAGUGACGGCAGUGGAACCAACCCAUCUGCCAGUAAUUUCUUUCCGUGAAAUCCAACAAAGUACUCAAAGUGGCAGUGGAAAGUAAUGAAGAAAAAAUACGCGAAGAAAAAUCACUAAGUUUUCAAGACAUGCUAAAAUAAAUUAUGCUUUGUGCAAAGAAUUCGAUUGGAAAUUCAUUAUUCGAUUAUAAUUCAGUUAUACUCAACUUUUACAAGUGAGAUGCAGGAGAUAAACCUAUCAAUUUAGGGAAUUUGUGAUGCAUGUGUAACGAUACUAUUAUUAAACAAAUCUGUGUGUUCUUGUUGUGUGUUUUAA